AUGAAGUUCCAGGCAACUCGCCCUGGCGCGUCCUCUGUCAUCCGCCAAGCUCGGACCACCUCACCACACCAAAGCUUCAAAAGCGGCUUUAACUCUCUCAACUUUGGGCCACGCGAGCUGGCGACUUUGCGCUCGACCCUUGAAAUUUUACAGCUACUAUGCUUAGAUCGACAUACGCUCCCCCGUCACCUCUUCCCCCGGGGUGGUCGGAACACCGAGCGCCUUCAGGUUUGUCCGCCUCUGGCUAAGUCGGGAAAGGAUUUGACUAAUUGCGAUGAGCUCUCAGGCCAUUUGUAUUACUAUAAUGCUGCAACGAAACAAUCGACAUACAAGAGACCACAAGCGCAGGAUUCUCAACUCGUACAACUUGCGCUGCCUGUACCACCCGCCGCAGAAUCCUCGCAGUCACUCCCAUUCUAUUCGCCUGACACACUACCACCAUUUUCCUCGACGCCAUAUGGACCAGCGGGUCAUGCCCCGGGUACCGCGCAACAUGGCCAACACCAACAACACCAAGGGCAGGGUCGUGGUGGUUUCCGCGGUGGAAGAGGCUAUCAAGACCGCGGGCGGCGUGAGCCCCAAGACAAGCCGAAGACUAAGCACCCGAUCCCGGAUUGUGCGCCAUGGGUUCUGGUGAAGACCAAACUCGGUAGGCGAUUUGUGCAUAAUCCGCAAACCAACGAGAGUUUUUGGAAAUUUCCAGAGGAAGUGCUCAAAGGCGUGGCUGAGUACGACCGCCUCGAACGCGAGAAGAAGGAGAGGAGAGAGCGGGGCGAGAAGUCAGAAGAGCCCGAGGAAGCGAAAGAAGAGGUUGUGGGAGUGCCGACUACAUCGCGAUUAGAACGUGAUAAUGCGACACACGAAGGUCUCUACGCAGGCGCGGAGGAUAGCGAUGAAUAUGAAGAGGUCGAAGUCACCGAUGACGAAGGCGAAGAUGAGGAGGGCCAAUUUUCGAAGCGGGCACGCACAGAAAGUCCUGGAAGACAGGACCAGCCAAUGGAAUUCACCGAAGAGGAUAUGGAAUACCAGCUUGCGGCUAUGGGAGAAGACUACGGUCUAGAUCCAGGGGAAUACGGCGAACCUGGAGAGGAUUGGGAAGAGGGCGCAGAAGGACUCCCGUUGACAGAAGCCGACGCUGAAGCACUCUUCCGGGAUCUGCUCGAUGAUUACCAUAUCAAUCCCUUCUCAACGUGGGAGAAAAUUCUUGAAGAAGGCCGCAUCAUCGAAGACUCAAGAUAUACCGCCCCUUCAAACAUGAAGACUCGCCGUGAGGUUUUCUCUAAUUGGAGCAAAGACCGAGUCAAGGACGUCCGGGCACAGAAAGAAAAGCAGGAGAAGCAGGAUCCUCGUAUCAAAUACCUGGCCUUCCUCCAGGAAUAUGCGACGCCCAAGCUGUACUGGCCCGAAUUCAAGCGAAAAUACCGAAAGGAGGCAGAGAUGAAGGACUCGCAACUUUCGGAUAAGGACCGGGAAAAGCUCUAUCGUGACUAUAUUUCCAAACUCAAGCUCCCCGAGAGCACUCGCAAGUCGGAACUUUCAGCACUUCUCAAAUCGGCUCCAUUGCACGCCUUGAAUCGCUCCUCGAAUCUGGAGGCUUUACCAUCCACAAUCAUGACAGAUCUUCGAUACAUUGCUCUUCCAACAAAGAUCCGGAAUCCUUUGAUUGAGGCGUUCAUAUCUACCUUGCCACCUCCACCCGAGGAGCAGAUGACUGCAGAGCAGCAAGAGGAGCAUGACCGAAAACAGCGAGAACGAGAGAAGCGCGAAAGAGCCUUGGCAGAGCGAGAAAAACGGGUUGAAGAAGAUAAGCGAAGACAACGCGGUGACCUUCUCCGUGGCAGGCACCUUCUACGUGAAGGGGAGGCCGAGAUUGCGGAGGCUAUGAAGGUCCGAAAAGAUGGCCUGCGCGGUUACAUGGAAGUUGAUCAAACCCCAGCCAAAGAGCAGGAGAAGCCAAGCAACGAUUGA